AUUGUAGCGUCGUGAGCUGGGCAUGCGCAAUUAACGUCUAGAAAAUCAUAACAAGGUAGUAGAAAUUCGCAUUAAGAAAUCAACCAAGAACAAUGCCUUUAUUUACAAGCAGUUCACCAUUUGAUGGUGAUGUUGAUAAAGCGACAAGUGAGAUGAACACAGUCGAAAACUGGAGUGUCAUUAUGGAUAUAUGUGACCAGGUCAAGACAAAAACUAAUGGACCAAAAGAUUGCUUGAGGUCUAUAGUGAAGAGGCUAAAUCACAGAGUUCCUUUUGUAUCUAUGCAGGCUCUUACACUAUUGAAUGCCUGCGUAAACAAUUGUGGAAGGGAUUUUCAUCUUGAAAUAUGUUCCAGAGAUUUUAUCUCUGAAUGCAGGACAUUAAUUGGACAAAAGGCUCAUCCACGAGUUGCACAGAAAUUAAAAUUUAUCAUAAAAUCCUGGGCAGAUAUGAAGGAAUUUAAAGAAGACCCUGCUUUAAAUUUGAUACCCUCAUUUUAUGACAGUUUAAAGAAAGAAGGGCAUGAAUUUACUGAUCCAGACAGUACUACUUUGACUGAUUCUAGAAUAUUUCUAUUUCAAGCAAUUGCAUUGUCACUACAAGAUGAAGACAAAGGUCCCAGUCAGAAAACAACCAGUCUGUAUCCUACUGGGUUUUCUAUGGGAGGGGCUUCAGGAGGCGGAGCUCCAAGAGUGAGGGAAGUGAGGAAGGUGAGGGCAUUGUAUGACUUUGAGGCAGUGGAGGAUAAUGAGUUAACCUUCCAUGCUGGAGAACUUAUCAGUGUACUUGAUGACAGUGAUCCUAACUGGUGGAAAGGUUUUAAUCAGAGAGGAGAGGGCUUGUUCCCGGCUAACUUUGUUACAGCAGACCUGUCAGUGGAACCAGAAGAACCAAAACGGAAGGUAGAGUUUAGUGAAGAAGUUCAAGUUAAGACUAUUGAGGCACCAGAACAGCUGGAAAUCGAUGAGUCAAAGAUAGAUGAAAUGCUGCAACAGAUCCAGAAUGCUGACCCCACUGGAGAAACACGACCAGAUACCAUGGAAAUGUUACAGUUAGAAGAACAAUGUAAAGCAAUGGGUCCACUGAUAGAUGCAGAACUGGAGAAGAUUGAUAAGAGACAUGCUGAGUUGUGUGGAAUUAACACUAAGGUGUUAGAAGCGUUGCAAAUGUACCAUAACUUAAUGAAGGAAACACCGAUGCCAUAUGCUUACAAACAGUCAAUGUCAGGAUAUAACCCUGCUUCAAGCAUGACGAUGCCCCCUGGAUCUGUGCCACAGCAAUUCAACGGCACCCAAUACAUGCCAACAGCAGCCAUGAGUCAAAUGCCGCAGAUGUCCCAAGGUCAAGGUCCAAUGGUACAAGGUCAGAUUGGUCCAAUAGCACAGGGUCAUGGUCAGAUGGGACAGAUGUCUCAAGGUCAGAUGAUUCCAGGUCAAGGUCAACCACAGACAUAUACAACAGCCUCUAGUCAAAACUAUAAUAAUAGUGCACAAAAUUUACCAGGUCAACAACCUGUUUAUAACGCAGUCCAAUCACAACCCCAACAACCACAUCCACAGCAAAAUGUAGUUCCACCCCAACAGAGUAUUCCUACUCAUAAUGUGAAUGUAGUUCCGUCACAUUCACAAUAUGGACAAGCAAUGGGACCAAUGAAUUCUCAAAAUAUGGUACCCAGUUCAAGUGACUUUGGUUCCCAGCCCAUUCAAGGACAUAUGUACCAACAGCCUAUAUCCCAACAGCAAUUAUUGUGAACAUAUUCGAACAAAUUGUUGAGAAUUUGAAAAAAUAAGUGAUUUUUAUAUAGGAAUUAAAGAAAAAACCGAACUUAGAUGAUGCAAUUGAUAUAUGACUAAUUCAGUGUUGUUGUGUCCUGGCUUUGAGCACAAGAUAAUGCUUGAUAUGGCAGGAUUAGAGGAACAAGGCUGUCUGUUGUGGUGCAAAAUGUAUACAUGUGCAACUCAUUAGACUAACAAGCAUUAUUGCUUGAGAAUUCCAAGAUAAUAAGUGAAAAUAGAACUCCCCUACAUGAUGGAUUUGGAUUACUUCACAGGUAUCCUAGAAACAAACAAUAAUGGCUUAAAGUCAUAUCUUGUUGAAUUAUUAAAGAUAUUUCCAAUUGUAACUUUUUAUUAUUGAAUAAAGGGACUCCAUUUAGGUUUUUUACGUGACAGGACUGGAGAAAUAAUGUUGUAUUUGCCAAAGGUCUAGAUCAAUAACUUUGGGGCAAAAUUUCAGGCUCUCACACUUGAUUUUUUCAAAAAAAUUAUUUCACUUAUGAAAAAUGCCCAAUAAUUGAAAAGUGUUGCAAUGUUUUUCACUCAAAUAGGGCCAAGCAUAGCAUAAAUAUAUAGUCUUCAAUUAAUUUCUUAGUAUAUUUCUUAUCAUUCGCAUAUCUUUCUGUUUUAAGUACCCCAGUUAAUCUAUGUAAGAAAUUCAAAUUUAGGCUUUUGGACCAUAG